AUGCUCUUGUUAUUCGUCAUUUUUGCUGCGCACGUGCUUGUUGGAAAUGCGUAUCGCCUGGGCGAGACGGUAGACCCGUGCAAAGUCUGCGGCUUCCUCCUCCAAACGGAAAUCGACCAGCACGGCGGCGCCUUCGGUACCGAGGAUGACGUGCAGAAUCAGCUGCUCGAUCUUUGCACGAGAUUGGGCCAAAUUGAUGGCUCUGCAGUGCUGGAGACGUGCGAUUCGAUCGUGAGAAGUCACGGCCACCAAAUUUAUCAAGGACUCAUGUUCGGCUCGAGACCGCAAGAAAUUUGCGUCGGCAUUUCGGCUUGCAAAGAAUCGUCGACGCAAGCCGUCUUGAGAGCGCUGAGA